UCUCUCUUCUUCUUCUUGGCCUCCAAACUUUGAAAAUAAAGGCUUGUUUAAACUUUUUCCCUCCAAAAUAAGUAAAAUAGAGAGCAAAAGAUGGGUCGCCAUCGUCCGAAAGUGCCGCUAUUCACGAUCGGCGACUUCGUUUUCGCCAAGGUGCGAGGAUAUCGUGCCUGGCCAGCCCGCAUCCUUGAUCGCGUCAGUUCCACGUCAUACAACGUGUACUUCUACGGCACCUGCAACCACGCCAAAGUGCCGCGCACCCAGAUCUGUGACUUCGAGAGGCAUGUGCGUCGAUUGGGCGUGGUUCGAGCCGGGGGCCACGCCUCCAAUCCCUCGUUCCGGGCCGCCAUGCACCACGCCCGCCAGGCAUUCGCAAAUCCGGAGCAGGACUUCGGCUUCUACCAGCAGUUGGCCUUGAACGAAGGCGACUGCGUCAAUGCCGAGGAUCUAAGGAUUGACUACAUGGUGGGCGACGAGGAUCAGGAGCAGCCCUCAAGGGAACAGCAUCCCGAAGAGCAGGUCUCAAUGGAUCAACUGGAGGAGCAGAACUCUCGCGAUCAGUUGGAGGAACUGCAUUCGGAGGGGUUCAACUCAAAGACCCAAGUGAAACAGCAAAAUUUAGAGAGGCUUGCCUUUAAGCAGGGUUCUGAUGGGCUGAACUGUGAGAUGACUCGGUUAACUGCUCUAAAUUCAAAGAAACUGGACACCAAUCAUCAACUGGAGGAGCUAGAACCAGAGGUGGAAAACUCUAAGAGGCAGCAGGAUCGUCCGAUGGUGCAACCCUCGAUGCCUGAUUUAGAGGAACCGGAUGCAAAGGAGAUGCACACAAAGGCGCAGCUCGAGAAGCAGGAUUCAGAGGCUCAAAUCCCAAAGAUUGCGUUCGGGAAGCCAGAUUCCCAAAUGCAAAACUCAAUGCCACAGUUGGAUAGUCUGAGCUCUGACGGACUGGACUUCAAUGUCCAGCUGCAGAUGCAGGAAAGGCUGGAAGAAGAAGUGCAGGAGUUAAUGAAGAUGCUAAGGGAUGUGGAAAACCAAGCUCGCAGGGAACAGGUUCGGGAUUCAGAGAAGCAGCACUUGGAGGAGCUGCAAUAUUUUAUGGACCAGCCGCUAAAUUUGUCCUGUCGACGUCGUCCCUAUUGAAUUUACUUUAAAAAACCAUGGUCUUUGGCUAAAAAAGGGUUCGAAUCGAAUGAAAAAGUGAUUUUUGUUUACCACUUGGUAUAUUAAUAUUUUAAAACGAAUCUCUAUUAUGUUUAUUCAUUAAAUGUAUUAAGGCAAUUAUGAACGCUCUAGAAAACUAUUAAUCGAAUUUAUUUGGGAUGUUAUGUUCAAAUUCUUUGAAACUGUUAUGUAAUGAAUAGGAUAAGGUUAACGAAAUCUUUAUAUAGAAAACUAAAAUGUACCUUAAUACUUAUGUUUGUUAUAAAUCUAUCAUAAAGAGUAACUCUUAAAUAUAAAGUACAUUUGAAAUGUACUAACAAAGAAAUUUAGAAACUGCUUCAUUAUGUAUACAUAAAAUAUUAUGUUCAAUUUAAAAAGGUUGGAUGGACCGAUUAUAAAAGCACAACAACUAUAUCAUUUCAUGACAUUAUUUUGGCUACUAAAAUAAAAAAAUUCAAUAAUCUUUGUAAUGUUUGAUUCUUACAUUUUCAAUACCUAAAGAACAUCAAAAUGUACACGUAGAAUCUUAAGAAAAGAACUACAAUUUUUGUUUGUCUUUAAAUUUAUACAAUUUUUUGUAAUUUAUCAUUGUG